AUGCCGGUAAACACCCGUCGCAGCUCGAAAAUUCCCAUACUUCCUUCAGUGAGGCAGCAGAAAGUGGCGAAGGCCGAGGCAGAGCGACGAAAGAAAAUGGCGGAAGAGCUACAAGCACUUCAACGACGGUGCGAAUUCACUAAGGCGAAGAUCGCACGCAUCAAAACAAACCUCAUCAAAGCAGAUGAUGAACAGAUUCCUGUCGACGAAUAUGUGCUGGAUACAUUUCUACGUACGAUUGAUGCUGCGUACCUCGACAUGAACGAUUGCCAAGCAAAGUUGUUUGCUGCUACGCCACACCAGCAGGAGGAAGAAGAACAGGAGUAUUUUGAGUUCGAACAAUUGUACACGGAAGUGCGAGCGGAAGUAUGCAGGCAGUUGGAUAGACACAAAAAACAGGAGCUACAGGUGCAUUCCGGUCUACAGCUGGUAUCCAACGGGAAACCAGAGCAUUGGUUCAAAUUUAAGUCGAUGUUUCUAGAUAUCAUGAAGAAGUGUUCGUCCGAGGAUGCUGCUACAAGGUUAUACCACUUGGAUAAGUGUCUAAUCGGGGAAGCGGCCGGUGCGAUUAACCAGCAGUUUAUCAACGCAAACAAUUUUGACGGUGCAUGGAACUUUCUCCAGCAACGAUACGAAGAUAAACGGAAAAUCGUAGACCUUCAUGCAUCUCGGUUGCUUCAGCUCAAACCGAUGACUCAAGAAAGUGGUAAGCAGUUGAGAGAACUAAUCGAAGAAUGCGUAAGGCAUGUCGAUUCGCUCAGAUACUACGGGUACGAUGUACUAGGCCUCUCAGAUAUUCUGUUGGUAAAUGUGAUUGCCUCUCGACUCGAUUUCGAAACAAAAAAGAUGUGGGAAGCUACAAACAAGCACGUUCUCGAACGGGUAGAGGCCAGUCAGCAGAAGGUUAAACAAAAACCUAGCGCGCCAGUGCACGCGCAGAAGUUACAGACUAAAUCUACGACGCUUACGGUGACAAGCGAAACAAAAUGCGUGUUCUGCGAGAAGGCGCACUUCAAUCAUCAGUGUGAAGAGCUUCUCAAACUUUCUGCUACCGACAGAAACGCCAAAGCCAAACAAGCUGGCGUAUGUUACCAUUGUCUGAUAAAAGGGCACAUGACAGCAAAAUGUUCAUCAAAGCACUCUUGUCGUGACUGCAACAAACAACAUCACACGGUUCUACACAUUGACAUCCCGAAACCGAGUGAUGAUACACGCAAAACUACUGAUGUUCAGUCUACCGAAACCGGAAAAGCUUCGACAAAUACGAGCAACGUAGUAACCCUUAACUGCGCCACAACUGCAAAACCAGCUUCUUCGGAUCAAGAAGCAACAAACAUGAAUUCUAGAACGAUCGCGUUUAAUGGCUCUAAGCCAACAACCAGCAACAACAACAAUGAAGCGAAAUCAGAAGAGAACGGACACACAAUAGCGACCCAUACGAUUAAAGCACAAACCAGAACAACCGAUCGUGAACAGCAUGCGAGUAGCACAGAUGAGAAUAUGGACGAGUACGACAACGAGAAAGAAGAGGAAAAAAAAAGUACUAACGAACAAGAAGCAGUGCUGCUAUCAACAGCGAUCGUGAACAUACUCGAUGUACAUGGACAGAGCAAGCUGUGCCGUGUUUUACUUGAUUCCGGAUCGCAGCUGCACCUGAUUACUGAGGCAAUGGCUAGUCUCCUUGGUAUUAGUCGAAAUCGAUGCUCCACCAGUGUCGUCGGUAUCAACGGCAAGGAAACGCCUGUCAAACACAUGUUAGCUGUUCAGUUUGGCUCACGUAUCAACGGAUAUAUACAACAAAUCGAAUGUCUCGUCGUUCCUCGGAUUGCUAACAUUCUUCCAGCAAGCAAGCUCAACGUAUCCGACUGGAUUAUUCCGGAUGGAGUUUUGUUAGCAGAUCCAAACUUUUACAAGCCCCAGCGCACAGAGGAUUACUCCUCUGUGCAGCGCAUCGAUCUCCUAAUUGGUGCACAACUGUUUUUCCACAUACUGAGGACUGGGCAAAUACAGCUCGGCGAUAAAUUACCGGUCCUUCAAGAGACGACACUUGGAUGGGUAGUUUCGGGUGCUGUUACCGGACAUUCACCAUACCGUCAAUACAAAGGCUGCCACACAACGCUUUCCGAUCCUGAUCAUCAACUCGAACAGUUAAUCCAACGCUUCUGGGAGUUGGAAGAAGUUCCACUAUCAACGAAGCUGUCGAGUGAAGAGGAGUUAUGUGAACAACAUUACCAACAAACAACAACCCGGGACAUCUCCGGCCGAUAUGUGGUCAGAUUACCCUUCCGUAACACCACUGACAAGCUUGGCGACUCACGCCAGCAGGCGCUCCAAAGGUUUGGACACCUUGAAAGACGCUUGGCAACCAAUUCGGAGCUGAAAGAACAAUAUGAUUUCUUUAUGGAGGAAUACAUACGGCUCAACCACUGUAAGGAAACGCCUGAGUCAGAGGUGAGUAGCAGCCCAAACUUCUAUUUACCUCACCACGCUAUUCUGAAACCUACUUCUUCUUCUACCAAACUACGAACGGUUUUCGACGCAUCGGCGAAAUCGUCUUCUGGCGUGUCGCUAAACGAUCUGCUUAUGAUCGGACCGGCUGUGCAAGAUUCGUUGCUGAACAUCGUGAUGCGGUUCCGUAUCCACCGAUACGUCUUCUCAAGCGACAUAUCCAAAAUGUAUCGCCAAAUCAGGAUUCAUGACGACGACAAGAAAUUCCAGAGGAUCAUUUGGCGAAAGCAUCCUACGAAUUCACUUCAAACAUAUGAUCUGACAACUGUGACAUAUGGUACAGCGUCAGCACCGUUUGCAGCCACACGCACUCUGAAUCUAUUAGCUGCUGACAAGGGAUCUAAAUUUCCACUGGCUGCUGCGAUUGUGGUCAAAGAUUUUUACGUGGAUGAUGUUUUGUCCGGAGGCGAUUCAGUGAACGAAAUUCAAACUGCUGCUGAGCAAUUGGCACAGCUAUUAGACAGCGGCGGCUUCCAGCUACACAAGUGGUGCUCUAAUUCAGCUGAGUUUUUGGAAUCAAUUCCCGACGAGCUACGAGAGAAGCAAUCAAUUUUGGAAAUAAGUGGAGCAAAUGACGUUAUCAAAAGGGGGUGGGCGUGGCGUAGUUGGUAA